AUGGACCAGGUUCUAAAAAUAAAAAGUGAAGAGAUUUCUGAAUCCCAGAGUAAUGCUCAAAAGAAUAAGAGUCACGUCUCAUCCAAGCACCAAGGAUCACAAGUAGAGACUGGAAAAGAAGACACCGUGAUAGGAGAAGAUAUGAGGAUGAAGGUCAUGCUGGGCCAGCUGAACCAGCUGCCCCACCAGUCACUAAACGGAGUGUCCAGAAGGAAGGUUAGCCGCCGUGCCGUUGGAGAGGAGCAUGGCAGCCAAGAAGAGGCUGCUGUGCCUGCUCCCACUAUUACCAGAGUUACGUCCCAUGGACACACCUGUGCUCCAGGCUCUGCUGCUCAACAGGUGUAUGUUCAGGAGACCGGGAACUGGAAGGAGGCCCGAGAGCAGUUGCUCAGCUACCAGCUAGCAGGCCAAGAUCAGCUGCUGCUCCUCUACCCAGACAUCAGACGAGAGAGGCAGCAAGUGCAGGGGCAGAGUCAGUUGGACAAGGAAAGUGGCAGAUUGGGGCUUUCCCAAGAGAAGAAAGCCUCCUGUGGUGCCACUGAGGCAUUCUCCCUUCAUUCAGUACUUCCAGAAACUAUUCAGGAACAGCUGUGAUCGAGGAGCGGUGAGGGCAUUUGGCCUGAAAGUCAGAAUGUUCAAAAUACUUCUGGAAAAUGAGCAGGGGAGAUGAGGCCUGACCUGUUUGAAGACGAAGAAGGAAGAAUAUGGACUCAAUUCUCUUUUUUCAAUUUUAAAAUGGAAGAUAGUCAUAUAAAUGCUUGUAGAUUGAAACAGUCUCUGAUAUAUCUUUUGUAUUUACUAUAGAUCCUGGUCCUAAUGCCAGUCAAAUAAUAGGUUCCCA